AAAAUAUUAUAUCUGCAAUAAAUAAAAUUAAACUGGAACAUGAAGAAAAUUCAACCAUUUGUCAUUAUGUUAUGUUCUUUGCUGGUGCAAUUAUUAUUUCAUUGUACAACAAAAAGCAGGAUAUAAUAUCGUUUAUAAAGAAGUUUUACGAAUUGAAUAGAUUUGAGAUAUAUGAAUUAAACUUCAAUAUUUUGAAAAAAUCCGCCAUAAACUUAUGUGAUGCCAUUAUCAAAUAUUCUGUUAUGAUAUGGGAAAAUAUUAAACUGGUAUCGAUAAAGUUAACAGAAACAUAUCUAAAAAUUAAAUUUGUACGCAAUUUAGAAAGACCAAAUUUACUCUUAAUAAAAAGAUUUAUAGAACUCAAAGAAGAGCGUAAGAAUUUAGGAAAGUUAUUAUUAGCUUCAAUACGAGAAAAUAAAAAUGUCAGAAUGAGAUUUCAACUAGAGAAUCUAGCUAAAAAUCGAUUAGCCCGAUACAUAGAACACACGCAUAAACUAAUUAAAGAAAGUCGAUGCCGAUAUGUGAGUUUUCAACAACUUUAUUUGGCAACACACCAAGAGAAUUUAUUUCUUAAAACGCGUAUUAAAAAACUAAUUGAUGAAAAGGAAAAUACAGAAAGAAAUCUUAUUGCAUUAAUUAAUGCAGUUUGUCAGUCGAAAAAUAAAGAACUCAAAGCUUUUUGCAGUAGAUAUAUCGUAGAAACGAAAAAUAAUUUAUUGAAUUCUGACGUUAAAAAUGAAAUACGAAAUUUUUUAAAUAAAUCUGUACGGAACAGAAGAGCACCACUUGAAAAUUCUUCGAAAAGUAAUUUAAUUGAAUCAGAUACAAAGAUUAUUGAAAAAAUUGAAAAUGAAUAUAUCAUCAUAUCAGAAGCUCCAAAGCUAAGGGGCUUACCGGGAGAAUACGUGUGGACAGUAAAAGACAAAGAUGGAUUGAUUGAAAAAUUAUAUGAAUGUAAUAUUCAAAAUGAUUGCGAUAAUGGUGAUACCAUACGAAGAAUAAGACAAUAUUCUGUUUAUUAUGAUAAAAACUGUCUAUUAGAUUCUACAAGUUCAGCAAGUUUUACCAAUCAAGCGAAUAAUAUAUGCAAGGAUUGUAAUAUAAAGCAAAUAAAUUACCCCAUAACAAGUCAUAAAUUUCUAACGGGAUCACAAGCUUUCCAAACAUUUCUCAAGCACAAUGAAAAUAUCGUGCAAUGUCCGAUGCAACGUACUCAGAUAAUGCCAUGUGGAUAAUGUGUGUCUUUAUUUUUUUAACCGGUUAUUUCAUAAAUAUAAUUUUAUUUUAAUUUAUUAUUU